ACGGGAACGACUUCGAAGUAUGUGUCACGAUCCUCGCACGCGAAUCAAGAGCACAGAUUUCAGGCACUCAUGAAGAAAGUGCAUGAAGCUCGACCGGAUUUUGAAGGAGCCAUUGCUUUCAUUGAUCACUUGGGAAGACAGGUGAUCGUCAACAGCGACAAAACUGUUCGCGAUGCUCUUGAGCAAGCUAAGGGAAAACUGAAGCUUCACACCACACUCAUCGAUGGCCAGAUCGUUUCCGCCGCCGAACUCGCCGGUAGAACGACUCGCUCCCAUAGUGUUCCACCGACGAAUCGUGGCUAUCACUCAUAUCCGCCAGCACAUUCACGAUCACCGUCCUCCAUGGAGUCUGCUCCUACGACCUACCGCAAUCGGACUGGAUCACAACCACCGACUCAGACUGCGGGUAAUUCAGAAUCGUUUCUACAACAUCGUGGCUCUCAUGAUGGACUACAGGCACCUUCAUCGGGUUAUGGCUACAAGUACUCGCCCUAUGUAUCGUAUUCACAGAACCUACUUUAUGGAAUGCCACCACACAAUGGAAUGCUCUUAAGAUUUCUGGCCAGUCCAUUUCCAUUUGGUGGUUAUCAUCGAAGUUUUAUUGGUCCCAACAAAUAUCACCGCUUCGGCGGCUGGGGUGGUCAUGAGUACUACUCAUCAUCCUGGGGUCCAAUCUGGUAA